UGGCAUUGCCAAACCGUCAAAAUAUCCCUCGCCCAGGUCGAAAGUGGGGACUGCGGAGAAUGCUCCUUUCGACUUCAUAGUUGCGGCAUAAGCUGCUUCUCCCCGCCAUUUCUCGUCAGAAACCCUAGAUCGGCAACGCCUUCCUCAGCAAUGGCCUCUGCGGCUCUGGAAGAACAGCAAGAGAAGCUCCGAAGAGCCGUCGACGACUGGCGCUGCCGGAGCCACGAUCUAUUGAAGAACCUGCUCAACGAUCCUCACGGAUCUUCGUCCGCUUUCGAUGACAUCUGCAGCUCGAGUUCUGAUCCGGUCCGCGUCUCUGCGGAGCCAUUAGAGCAUUCAGACGUUUCAAACCUCGUCGAAUCCGAUAACGUCGCAGUCUCUAAGUUCGUCACUGUGCUUUCCUAUGACUGCUUUGAAAUAUCGAGGCUCUGUCGACGGGCUUCAAGAAGUAUAUACAGACAACUGCUUUUGUUUGGCUACCGGUCAAGUUCUCAAGAGAUACUUUUGGAGGGAGAGCCGCAAAAGGCUUUCGGGCAUUCAUUAUCACUAUUUGUGGAACUAUCUGAGAUCUCCAGUCGGAUGAGUGAGGUUCUGGGCAAUUUACUUCAGCAACUGCAUUCCAUUUACUCUUUGCAAGACAACAACAGCAGACCAUACAAAUCAUUUAAGAAUAUGACACUCAAAAGCGCAUUUACGUCAUUCGGUGAUGGCCUGGCCAUGUUCCUUGUUUUGGAUGAAAUUUUGAUGCAAAAUGGGCACAUAAACACUUACCUCUCCUUAUUCACGAGGAUGCUGAAUAAGAUGAAAAUGGAGGUUGAUAACUCUGGCAUUUCUAUUGUGGACCUGGACUGCCUUGAUCAAGUGGUCAGUCACCUGGAAAAGCAUUUGGAUGUUGGUUUGUUCCGGCGUUUAUUGCAGGAAGGGUCACCAUGGCAAGACACACUGCAGAAGGUUAGGUGCAGCAGAAAAUUUCUUGAUGCAUGUACUUCUUGCACUCAUGAUGGUUUGUCAGACAUCCUUUCACGGCUUGAUACAUGGAAGGAGUUUCCUUUUGAUCGUAUUAAAAUACUGAGUUAUGUGGCUCUGGUUUUAUUUGGAGCUUAUGCUUCUGCUGAAGCUCCAGAAAAAAGAUUAGGGAAGGUGAUUCUGGAAAUGCUUCAAGUGGUCCCUGUAAUCUAUAUCAAGGGGGGUAUUAGGUUUAUGCUGUUUGACUUGUUGAAAAAUCAAUUUCCUCAGUCAUUAUCGUCUUGGCCUGCUUUGAGGGAAGCUGCUAGGGAGUGGGAUGCCACGAAGAGCAGUUAUCUAAUACGUCUAAAUGAGAUGCAUUCAAGGGACUGGCAAGCAAUGAAAGAUGCCUUAGCUUGUUGGGUAGCUUCCUUUCAGUCCGCUAUACAUCCGUUGACAGACCAGUCAAAGGUUGAAGCAUGCCUUCGGGUUCAUAUGAAACAGAUUAUUCAGGGAAUACUAUUAGCCAACAGAAUGCAAAUAACAGCUAUUUCGAUGCUCGACCUACAUGCUCUGCUUGAGGUUCCUGUCAAAAGGGAGAAAUUAAAGUCUCUUUGUCACAUGGUCAUUCUAUUGAGAGUGGUUGAGGACACAUUUCACAAGAAGGGGUUGGACAUCAUCCAGAGUCUUCCACAUAUCAUAAACCUCAUGCAGGCUGACAUUGAACAGUUACUUCUUCCUGCAAGGAGUGAGCUACAAUCAGAAAUUUCCAAAGGAAAUCAAGCGACCAAGAUGAGAUUCUUGAGCUCUUUGACACGUGGUGGUAGAGAUACAGACACAAGGUUGACGGAUUCUCUUUCCUUGGUUUUAUUAUCACUGCAAAUGCUUCGAGGAGGGGGUAGCAGCAAGAGGCAGCUUAUUCUUUCUGUUGCUCUGGAUGUCAUCCAAUGUAUUGGCCAUAUCAAUAUUGAUUUUUCGAGGAUUAAGAAGCGGAUGUCUAGGUUAGAUACUAUUGCUGAUUUUCAGAGAACAGUCGAGGAGGUGACAAAUUGUAGUUUCUUGUACUGGAGAAAAGAAAUGAUGGGAACUUGGUUCUCCAUGGUUUACAUGGACGUUAACAAAUUCUCAUGGCUGCAGUAUCUUCUUGAUGCAUUUUGUGACGGGCUGUGGCUACUCAAACUUGGUAAUGUCGGCACGUUUACCAUACAGUCCCAUGAGGAGGAAAUAGAGAACGCCAUGAAAAACGAGAUAAUCAUGCCUCUUUGUAGAGAUAUUGAGACUGAUCUCCGUCUUCAUGUGCAUUCCACUAAUUUAAGAGGAUCUGUGCAUGUAAACCCAACAAAGACUGGUGUACGCAAUCUUUCUUGGUACUUACAGAUGAAACCUUUGAGACUUCCAUUCAAGUAUAUUGAUAUUAAAUUGCAUGUUGAGAGCUAUCUGGAUUCUGCCUUUUACAAUCACACAGCUAUGUCCCCUUAUAAUUGGAAGGUUUACUCAGAAAUGAGGCAAUUGGCGGAGCUGAAAUAUGGUCUUGUAUUAGAUGAUAUUCAUCUUCCCCCACAAUCUUUGGAUCAUGGUCUUGAUGUCACUGACAUUAUGCAAAACCUACCUAAAUUUGCUGAGUGCUACUCAUAUAACAUAAAUAACCAGAUUUUCAUUGAGAAAGUCUCUAUUGGUCAAAGUAAGAAGUCCCUGAGGAUUAUUGGUGUGGAACAUUUUGCCUCUUCAGUAGCUACCCAUGGCCGAGGCAUCGUAUCUGCUGCUGUAAGUUCUGUAUUGAAGUUUCUAAAGCAAAAGCUAGCAUCCUUAUCUGAGCUUCUUCAAGAUAACUUUGUGAAAUCCCAUUUACUGAAGGAAUUCAAAUUCUGGAAGGGUGACAGAGGAGCAACAAACAAGUCUGGUAUGGUAGAGGCAGAGGAGCUAAACGUAACUAUCGGAAAGCUGCCCCUGGCGGAUCAUGAAUUGAGCUUCUUAGAACAGCUACGCUGCAUUAUCACUGAGAUGGGUAAUGUUUUAGGGUUUGUGAGGAGUCUGCGAGCAGGUGAUUCCCGUCACACUGGCAGAAUAUCUCGGUUUAUAUACAGACCCGGAAGCAUCACAAGCUUUGGAGAAUAUUCCCAGAGGCUUGGUUUCAUAGAUGAAACGGUUAUGGCAGGAAGGAUGAUGGACAUAGCAAUUGAGAACCAACACCAAUCUGAUGAGCAUACCAAUUAUUUCUCAUUUCUUAUAAAUGCAUUUUCAAAGGAACUCCAGAGCAGUGAAUAUAUCCACCUUAGGGAUUUUUCCCUCCUAGUUCCAGCACUUAUCAUGAGUUUAGUAGAUUGCAAAAUUCAUAGCAAGGAUAAGAAGUUGAGGGGCCGUGAUGUGGGAAACCAGAUUACUACUGAUGAGGGAUUCGUGAUGGGUGUUGCUUAUAUUCUCAAGGUCACAGGGCAAGAGAAGUCAUUUGAUGGUUUGCACUGGUUUGCUGAUGCAAGCAAGCAAUUUAAGGAGGCAUUGGUUUCCAUAGAGGAAAGUAGGGGCAUGGAGCAGCGGAAGGGGAGUGGUCUGGCCGGUUUUAGACUUUGGGGCCAUGCUGCUGCUCCACCAAUUUCAAUCGAAACCCAGAAGGGUAUUGAUAAACUCAAGAGGUAUCUGAAGGAGAUGGAGCUUAUAGAAUGCGGCUUCAAUGUUUCUAGAACAAUCAUGUUGUAGAACUGGCAUAGUAGCAUUUCCAAGGUAGAUGGUUACUUUCAUGGAGUUCAUUUGGGGCCUGGCUAUUUUGUAAGUCUGCAUAUGCAAUACAGGUGUAUUUUCAAAAAGAAAAGAAAAGAAAAAGAAAAAAAAGAAGAAGAA